AUGGUUGAGCCGAAUGAAUCUGAAACCCCAGCUGCAUCCUCAGAAUCAGUUGACGCAGGUGUCCUUAUGGAAGAAAUAGUUGAUAUUUUAAAACUCAUCAAUUACGAAGAAUCAUUUCUCUCUGCAAAAGGCUUUAAACCUUUAACCCGUGCUCAAUUUUCGAUUCAAGGUGCCAACCCUUCUGAGCAAUUUAUAUACUUCACCGCCUUAGCCAGCUGACUUCUGCAAAUCAACGGCUCUCAAGCCAGCUUUAAUAAGUACGAUGACCCUUCAACAGUCGCAAAUAGCAUAAUUGUCGAAAUGAAGAAAUUUGGAAUUGAUUUAGAUUUACCGCCAGGCAAACUCCGUGGGGGUCAUGGCGAAGGCCCAUGUCUUGUUCUUUUAUCUCUAGCAAAACGAGCUUUACAAACUAAAAAGUUCAAGUUUGGCAAGCCGAUUUUUCCUAAAGAAAGCGAAAUGGAAGGGGAAGUCAUUGAAGAUGAUGAAGAAGGAGAAAUUGUUGACGAAGCCAUACAAGAGGAAGAGGAAGAAGCUAUUUUUGCUGAAGUAGCGGCAGGGCAGGCGGUAAAUCAAGUUGAAGAAGAAGGAUUUAGACAGAAUGCGCCUGUUUGGAGUUCUAUAGACCCCAAUGAAUGGCUCUUGGAAGUGGAGAGAGUCGCCCCAAGGCUUAAAUUGCCAGUAGAUCCUACAGGAGGGGAUAUUAGAGAAUGGAGAGCUCAUUUAGAACAGACAAAAUUGCUUAAAGAAAAUAUAGAAAAAGAUUUUCCAGAUGUAGAACUAAAAUUGAGAAGAAUUGCAGAUGAUUUAUCAAAGGCAGUAGAAAGAAUAGGCUCACAAGAGAAAAAAAUUAAUUUAUCAAUGGGAGAAAUUGCUGGGGAUUAUCGAAAUCAGGCAAAUCGACUGAAUGAUGUGACUACAAGGUACAAGCAGGUUAAUGAAAAUGUUGCAGAACUGUCCGCUCAAUAUAAAGCUUUUGAUAAAUUAUUAUUGCAUUUUACUAGAUUAUUUAUAAACACUAUAGAAAAUAAGAAAAUUGCAUAGACUUGAUAGAAAUAUGCAUUUAUAAAAAGAAUACCAACAAUUAGGAGAAAAGAUUGAAGAUUACCAACAAAAGAUAGAGAUGCAAGGGAAAAUGGUCACUAAUAUUUCUCCUCUACAAGCAAUAAAAGAAGGAUUAAAGCUGUUAAAAGUUGAAGGCAAAGAUAUGGAAUUGAGGUCUGCUGUUUUAUCUCAUGCGCUGUUUCAAUCUAAAUUGAAAGAAAAAUCCACGAAUGAUGCAUAA